AUGUCUCGACGUCCUCAAGUCCCGCAGUCUAAUGUUCCCAACCGACGCCCUCGUCGUCCCCAAGCUCCUCAACCCAGUCAAUCGCUGGUCCCAAGAGAGGAGCGCCGCGGAAGACCACAAUCGAUUAACCAAUUGGCAGUGGCGGAACCUCCUCCGCGCCGAGGAGCUCCCUCUGCCCUGGUGCCCCACAAGCCCCGAAAAAAGCAAAGCCCCAACGCGUUGGUGGCCUAUGAAGAGCCCGACGAACCUUCCUACCAUGAUGAGUAUUACGAACCGCCCCCUGCGCGGCCGUUGAUGGCCCAGUUUUGUCAACCUCGUUGUUGUAUUCUGCUUCUCCUCGUGCUUUUCUUUGGGUUGCUCCUCCUCAUUGCUAUUAUUCUCUUGGUCAUGAGCAUUGACAAGGGAGAUCCAGAGGGCAUUGCAGGAUGGACCUAUCCUAUUCCAGCGAGAGAUCCAAAUGGUUACAGCAAUGACCAGGCCGGAGACAAGUUUGGUACUGCACUCGACAGCGCCGGCGAAUUUUUGAUCAUUUCUUGUCCUGAACGACAGAAUCCCAAUGGUUCUCGUGGUGCCGUCUUCAUGUACGUUUGGUUGGGCAGUUACUGGGCCGUCUAUGGCAAUGACGGUAUCUUGACGCCCCCGGAUGUCGACUACGAACCCAAUACGUGGGUCAACUUUUACAAGCAGGACCAAGUUCAAACUCGCAAGCAGAAGGAGGCCAACCGAGUUCACUUUGAUAACGACAGCAAGAAUGCUGUCAAAUGGGCCGACAAUGGAGACCGAGUCGCCAUUGGAGUGCCUUCCAAAAACUCGGUGGUACUCUACCAGUUUACUCAUCCCCUCAAGGAAUCCGAUUACAUGGAAUCGUUAGUGGUGGAAGGACCGUACCAAGAUGCUGGACGUAACAUUGCCAUAUCCGCCGAUGGAAAUCGUGUGGCUGUGACGGCUCUGUACAAUGAAACCUUGGCCAACAUGACCAAUAUUACCAAUAUUACUGCCCCUCCUGCUGCUCGUUACCUAGACGAAAUCAUGGCUCUCAACAUGACAAAUACUACCAAUACUACCAAUAUAACUCUACCUGGAGUUGUGUUGGUCUACGACUACGAUGAACAAAACAAGACUUGGUACCCUGCAACCGAGCCCAUUGUUCCCCAAGGCAAAUCUGCAGAGUCACCCGAACAUUGGGGCGAUAACAUGGUCAUGAGCUUUGAUGGUUCCACUAUUGCCGUCAGUAAUCCUUCCUACGAAGACGAGCUGGGUAUUGUAGAUGUCUAUCGCAUCAUGAAUGCCACCAAUGGUACCUACGAAUACUCUACGACCUGGGAAGGAGAUGUUCCGGGAGGAAAAUUUGGCUAUGCCAUGGCCAGUAGUGCUGAUGGUAGGGUGAUUGCAGUCAGUGCCCCCUUUUUUGACAAAGGAAAUGUCGCUGUCUUUGAGUUCAAUGAAGGAUCCUUCGAGCAGAAUGGUCAAAUAUUUACUACUCAAACUUGGAGUCAAAAGGGUUUCACUGUGGGAGAUGAUCCUGGUGAAUGGUUUGGAUACGAUGUGGACAUGGCCGAAAAUGGUAAUUCCAUGGUGGUCGGUGCUCCAAAGGGAAACGGAGGAAUCGGAAAGAUGAUUAUUUUCGACUUUGUCCUGGGCCGAUGGUAUCCUUAUACAGAUAUGCCCCAAAAGGAUCAAUACGGUAAAUAUCAAGGAAGUGGCAACUACGGUAGCAGUGUGGCCAUGACCAACAAUGGAGACUCCAUCACCAUUGGUGCACCUAACCAUACAGCGGCUGAGGAAACGAUGGAUUACGUCGAGUUCUUUGACAAGUCUCCCAAGGGUAUGAAUCUCACGGGACGCACUCGACCAGCCCAUGUAUUGGCCGAGCACCCAGAUGGAUACUUUGGACGUUAG